GUUACGUCGCAUGUGACGUCAUUCCGCACCCCGCCCGCAGCCAUGCGUACUGAGCUUGUUAUCGGGUCGCUUGUUAUGACUGGAGAAGGCCUCGGACUCAAUUAAAAUUUAUCCCCGGGACAGCCGCAUGCUCAUGGAGGGCAUGGACAUAGACCUGGAUCCGGAGCUCAUGCAAAAAUUCAGCUGCAUGGGCACCACGGAUAAAGAUGUCCUCAUCUCGGAGUUCCAGAGGCUGCUGGGCUUCCAGCUCAACCCGGCGGGCUGCGCCUUCUUCCUGGACAUGACCAACUGGAACCUGCAAGCAGCUAUUGGUGCAUAUUAUGACUUUGAGAGUCCAAACAUCAACACGCCGUCAAUGUCUUUUGUGGAAGAUGUGACGAUUGGAGAGGGGGAGUCUGUUCCUCCUGACACACAGUUCACAAAGACGUGGAGGAUACAGAACACAGGUGCAGAGUCAUGGCCCCCAGGUGUGUGUUUGAAGUAUGUUGGCGGGGAUCAGUUUGGCCAUGUGAACAUGGUGAUGGUGCGGUCCCUGGAUCCACAGGAGAUCUCAGACGUGAGCGUGCAGAUGCGCAGUCCAGCCAUUCCUGGCAUGUACCAGGGCCAGUGGAGAAUGUGCACUGCCACUGGACUCUUCUACGGAGAUGUGAUCUGGGUGAUCUUGAGUGUGGAAGAGGGAGGCCUGCUGGGCGUCACACAGCAGUUAUCCUCCUUCGAGACAGAGUUCAACACGCAGCCCCACCGCAGUCUGGAGGGAGACUUCAACCCUUUCGCCUCACCACAGAAGAACAAGCAGGACACCAAUGAGGAUCAUCUAAAAGACCCCGGGGGCCACUGGGAGGCCCCUCUGGACUCCAUUCAGCAAGAUCAAAAUGGACUCAAUCACACCUCUGUAAAUAUUACACCAAAUGGUCUCCAAACCAACUUUUCAGUAGUGACUUACAGCCAGGGCAUUAAUGGACCCUUCCCGUUCGGACAGUCUUAAGAUACAGAAACCGUCGAGUAGCUCAUCAAAGCUGCUGCUUUUGCCCUUUGCUAGGGUUCAGUGAGAGGAGGAAGAGAUUUACUCUAAAGACUUGGUGACCCUCCCUCUCCCCCGACGCAUCACAACAUCACAUCAAUGUGUGGACAAAUCUGUUUGGCUCCAAAUCAAUAUUGAACCAACACCUGAGUUAAGCAUGUGUGAAUGCUAGAUUUAGAUGAGUGCUAGAAAUUCUACAGAGAUCUAAUGAAAAAUACACCGUUUUUUGAUCCGUAACUUCACAUUACAGCAGGAAAUUCAGAUGUGUGAGUGAGUGCACGACUGCACAAGAGAAACCGAGGCAAGACUGAUAGAUGAAUGAGUGAAUCUUACGAGAAUGUGUCAUGUUUCACACCAAAAUCAAUAGGAAAGCAGAAGAAAUGUAUAUUUUGCGUAAAGAAAAGAGUAUGUUUUUUGGAUUUUUUUUUUGUUGAUAUUUUGCCUCAUGAUAAUUAAGCACAUUUUCCCUAUUAAUUUUCAUUACUGUAAUAAAACUGGGCAUUUAACUUUUCAGAUUCAAUGUUCUCACAUUGUUUACAUUUUUGUAUAGAAUUUUACAAUUGCACAAUUUUUUUGUAAGCCUAAUUUAAAUGCAACCAAUUAACAUAUGGCAAAAAAUAGAUUUCACUUUGCAUCAAAUUAUUAAUUACCAUAAAAAUAUCACAACAAAGGAAAUCAAAGUCCUAAAAACUGGCUUUCUUUCCUUUACGCAAACUAUAUUUCCUUUUGGUUUUGCAGUGAAAUAUUACUGGGGUUUAUUCUUGACAGGUGUUGCAGUGGUCACCUCAGUAUGUGUGCAACUGAGUGUUUCAGCCAUGCACAAAAGCCAUCAACAAAGAAUUAAUGCCUGUCAAGUAGUUUUAUAAUUUUUCAUCAAUGUUCUCUGACUUUUUCUUCAUAAACUGAACAGUUUUGAGGAAAAAGGUCAGUGUGCAUACUUUAAAUUGUGUAAUUGCUUUCAUAUGAUCCUCUGCCAGCCACUUGUAAUUGUUAAUACAAAACUGUUCUCUGGAUUCAGUCAAAAAGAGAGAAAAAAAGCUCAGCAACCUGUACAGCGUACAUGAGCACAUUAGGUCUCAUUAUAUUGAAUUAUGCAUCUGUACUGCCACCACAGGUCAAGUCCUAGCUGUCGUCAGAGAUCUUGUUGCUGUUAUCUUAUUCGUUUACAUUGAUGUUGUCCUGCAGUUCCUGAGUGCUGAUGUUGGUUUCCACUCAUAAUGACUCAGUCCAUCAGAGAUGAUAGCAAGCAGAUGUGGCUUUGAUUCCCUCGUUUACUGACUUAAAAGUUCACAAGCACGUCACUGAUAGAGUUUCCCAACCAUACAUAUGUCAUUCACCUAGACCUACGAUGGUAUUAAGCUGUUUUAAAUGAGCCGAGGGUGUUUUAAUGAGGGGAAAGUGUGAGAAUGAGUUCAUUUUAAAAGAAUAUUUUGAGUUAAAUGCAAGUGUAUGUCAUCUGUAACAGGAAAUAAUUUGGAUUUGUACCUCUCUACCUGAAAAUGUAUCGACAUGUAUGUGCCUAGAAUUGAAGUCUGUGGCAAGUGCACUACUUCCAUUGUAAUGGCAUUUCCCUAAACACUUGUUUUUUUUGUUUUUUUUUCUUAAUAAGAUACCAUUUAUUUUCUUUGGUAGCAUUUGCAUUUAACCAAAAAUAUCCUUUUUAAUUUGUAUUCUUGAGUUGUUGCUAAAUGUUUAAAUGGCAGAUUUCAAGAUGGAACGCUCCAAGUAAUAUUUUAAUGCAUAAAAGAGUUUUGUAGAAUUGAUUUGAUUUGACAAUAAUCGUGCCUCUGUGUUUGGUAUGAUGGAAAGCCUCUUGGAUGUUUAUAUCUCGCUAAAUAUAUCUGAAAUGCUCACUAUUUUCUGUUUUGCUGCAAUGGUUUGGCAAUUUAUAAGACAUAAACAAAACAAAACGUUAAUAAGUCUCCUAUAAUGUUUUUCUCUAUUGGUCUAUUUACUGAGAUAAACAUUAGGUCGUGAAGAUGAAAGCGUUUAAACAAAUUGGCUGCUAUCCUCAAGCAGUAUGCAAAUCAAGGAGCCCAAAUUGACCUUUAUGUCAAGACAAUAGAGAUUAGUGUCAGCAUGUCUUGUUAAAUUUAACACGUCAGGCAAUUCUUUUCCGUUUCCCUCAGUUCUAUGCACCUUGAAAAUUUCGCCAUUAACGAUACCAACAUUGCGUCCAGUGUUUUAGAAAUGCUGUGGCUUCAGUUUUACAUUGCAAAUGAUCUAUGCAGUGUUUUAAGGGACAGUCCCUUCCAUAUUCCAAAAAGUUGCACUCACAGUUGAAGCAUAAAAGACGUUCAUGUUCUGAAACUGGUCGCUGUUUUAUGUUGACGUUAGGACAGAAGUAAACUGACAUUUCGCCUAGUGCUCGGCCAAUAAACAGCUCAUUGGAUGAUGCCAUCGCUUCAUCGGUCAGGUCUUCCUUUGAGCUGUUCUUAGUGAAUGUCCUCAUCACAGCCUCCUUCCGAUUUAUAAUUACACUGUUUUUUUGUUUUUUUGGUGUUGCUUAUGCAUGUAAGAAGUGUGAUUGAUUCAUUCUUGAAUUAUUGUCUUUUUUCUGAUUUUUUUUUUUUUCUGUUAGAUGUGUUAGGUUUUUCUGCACCGUGUCAUGGUGUAUGAUUGAGUGGAGAGUUUGCUGAGUCCUAUGAUAGCACAGUGAAAAAGAGAAAAUAUGAAAAGACUUUUCCUGUAUGUAUAAUUGAACAUUUGUAUGAUUAAAUUAACACUGAAACAAA